UUCGCUAUAACUGGUGGGUUUGGCGGUGGAGGGGGGAACGGCACAUUGAUGUCACGUGACGGAUUCAACCAAAAACGAACGUUGUUUGUGAAAGGGAAGAAUGAAAAACUAGAUACUCUCUGACUAGAAGUUUCGAAGGUCAACGUUGAAAGUACGCAUUCGUAUCUCAAAGUUUCUUUAGUUUGGUUGUUCAUUUUAUUUCUUAUACUUUGAGAAGAUAUUCAUCUACUUGUGAUAUUUGCUUCAAUAUAUUUUUCGGAAAAAACAGGUAUGACUCGCAUUGGAAGAAGGCUUAUAGAGGAUUUUCUCUUACCAGCAUUAGAUGAUGGACGCUACGGAGAAUUGUUGAAAUGGAUCGAUAAAGAUAAUUGCUAUUUCAGUAUUCGAUGGAGCCAUAAAAAUGCAGCUAAAUGGUCACUUGAUGAUACUGCUGUUUUUCAGGAUUGGGAUAAACUCAAAGGUCAUUACCACCCAGAAGUGAAAGGAUAUUACAUGCAAGCAAAACAGCGUUUUAGAGCAGCUCUUUAUAAGCUUAACUCUGUUAGAAGAUUGCCAUGUGAUGAUAAACAUGUAAAGAAAUAUCAAUUAAUCUUAGAUCCUGAAAAAAGAAGGGCAGAAUACUUAAAUAAAACAAAAGGCUUGUAUGCCAGAAAAGCUGCAGAGAACAAUAACAGAGUAUCUGUCAUAACUAAGCACUCUUCCUUCGAAGGAAAACAGGAACCAAUAUAUUAUGCUCCACCUGUUUCUCCUCCGUCCCCAACCAGCUCAGAUCGAAGCGACAGUUCAGACUCCGAGCUUGCCAAAUGCAUACACGACUUCAAAGAGGGUCAAAAGAAUCACAAUCAGAUGUUGCUCAACAUGAGUUCUAAUUCUAUCCGGUUUUCACCUAAAAAGGAAAGUCCUUUGAGGGAAGUCAACGAUGAUUCCAUACGAGGAAUUGUGAGUCCUCAAAGGAUGCCCCAUCUUCCAAUACAGCCUGUACCGGUCUACAAUUUUGCACCUUCAAAACGUUUUGAAAGCCCUCAUCUACUACUAGUCAAAACUUACAAUGAAUUUGAUAAUAGCCAUGCUAUAAAGGCAGAAUAUGAUUAUGAAGAAGUUGUGAGUGAUUCAUCUGAUUAUGUUCUCAACUUAUCUGUAAAAUCUGAUGAUAGUGAUGUUCUCUCAAGGUGACGAGAACCGAAACUUUGUUUGCAUCCAUUUUUUAUUCAUAAUCAUUGUUGAAGCAGGAAUAUAACUAUUUUAUGAGCUUUCAGUCUUGGAGAGAAUGUAUUAAAACUUGAACUACAAAAUAAAACUUAAAACUUUUUGAAUUUAGUUGCUCAAACAAUUCAGGGAAUAUCAAAGAAGAUUGUUGUUACUGGUUACCAAAGAUUUAUUGUGACAACAAUUGUUAUAAUGUGCCAGUUCAUUUCAUAUUGCUUUUACAUUUUUUAGUAUUUUUAUUAGAACAUCAUUGUUGAAAUGUGAAGUUAUGUUCUUAAAACCAGAAAUGACUUUAAAGUCCCAAAGGUGUUUCUUUUUUUUAUGUUAUUAACAAUUUGUACAAUAAAAAUGUGAUCCUGCCAGUCUUGUGGAAAAAUUUUAAUGACUUUUAGAAAUUUGUUACUGUUUUUCUUAAGAUUGCCUUACAAAAGUAUAUAAAAAGUGCCUUGUUCUGAUACAAACUGAAUUAUCACUUGUUUUUAAUUUUGAAAAUAUACAAAUUACUUUUAAAUACUGCCUUUGCACCUUCAAUCAAUCGUUAAUUGAUUAGUAUAACUAUUUUUGCAUUUUUUUAAAACUGUUUGAAAAUGAGAGCAAUAAAUCAUUCUUAAAUACAGUGAUCUCAAUGUUGUAAAUGCCAUUUAAUUGCAGUGAUACUUAAAAGAAUGCGAUGGCAAAAAUCCAAUACAAAGUAAUAUUUUAUAUCAUAUUUACCCUAAAGAAAUAUAUGGUUAAGAAAAUUAUGGUAAUUUUAUGUUGGUUAGAAAUAUGUCUCUCCCAAUGUAGCCAUAUAUUUAUCUUUUAUAAGUUUUAAUUAGAAAAAAAUUGGUAUUUCUGGCCCAUAUUAAGAAUUAUUUUGUUACAAAUUUUAUAUUUUAAAUAAUUUUUAUGUGCAUUUUAAGGAAGAACAAAGUGACAGUGUAAAAAUUAUAAGAAACUUAAAAGCUUUCAUGGAAAUUUUUGUUUUGCUAAAUCUAUUCCUAAAUAGAAGUGAUAAUCUGUUUCUGUUCACCAUAUAUUGUUUCAUUAAAUUUUUAUUCAAUAGUUGUAAAAAAUUUGCAUAAAUGGUUCCUGUUUAGCCAAAUAUUAAGCUGUACAUAGAUAAACAAUUUUUUAAAAACAGUGGGAAUUUGAUGCAGUUUGUUUGAUCAUGAUGUUAUUUGGUAAUUGAGAAAAAUUUACAUGUGUUAGAUAAUUUACUAAUCAGCAAAAUAUUAUGUUAUACAUUUACAAACAAUAUAAUGGAAUAAAUGAGAAUUUAAGAAAUUUAAAAAUUCAUUUAUGAUUAGGUAGAUUAUAACCUAAUCCUAAUAAAAUCUGUAUUUACUCUUAAUAUUUCUUAAAUUGAUACAAUUAUGUAUAAUUAAAAAAUUUAUUAGUUAUGACUACCGUGUCUUCCAAUGUGUAAAAUUGUUGAUUUUUUACAUUGUUAUGUGAUACGUUCAAAAUUUUAUAUUAAAUAUAUGUAUCUUAAUAAAAAUUUGUACAGGUUUUCAAAUAUCUGUUUUUUGGAAAGUGACGCAAGAAUAUUGUAAAUGUUUCAUUUUAUUAGAUAUAAAUAAGAUAUCUUGAUUACAAUUCGAUAAGUACUUAUAUUAUUCGACUAUAAAAAAAGGUGGAAAAACUCUUACAUAUAUUUUCUAUGGAAGAGCUGCGACCAGCUAAUGUUACUAUUGUUUAUUGGCAAUAAUUCGUCACUACCAUUUAUUUAAAAUGUAGAAGUAGUAGUAAUGAUUGUGGUCAAUUUACGUGGUUUACUUUUUUUAUAGCCCCUACACAGUGUCCUUGAAUUGACAUGUUUUCAAUUUUAUUAAUGUAUUCACUAAUACUUUAUAGUACUUGUUGAAGAUGCUCUAGUUUUACAACCAGCCAAAAUAUACCUGCUUUUAUAGGUGGUAAAAAUGAAAGAAUUUAUUGAUCAAUAUUUUGAUACGAAACUGUUAAUAUUCUCUGAAUCAUUAGUUGUUAACAAAUUAUAUAAAAUUUAUGUAUAUAAAUAUAAAAAGUGUUAAUUAAUAUUAAUUGUUCUGGGUUUAAAUUUUUUUUUACCGAUUUUGUCUUUUGUUUCUUAUUAUAAAGCGGCAAAUUAUAUAAAAAUCCUUAAGUGCCGCAUACCAAUAGUUUUUUUUCCUGAACCUUGAUUUAGCUUUGUUUUCUAGUUUAGCUUUCAAAUUUUUAUAUGUAUUUCCUAAAUAAAUAAAAGUAAUUGUAGUUAAAUAAAUAAAUGCUAAAUUUUUGAACUAAAGAUGCUUUUUAUGUUUAAAAAGCUUUUGUUUAUAUACAUAUUCUUUGAAGAUAUAUAUUUGUAUUAAAUUUUUUACUGACCUAUUGACUAUUUUAAUAGAAAUAUUUUCCUUUUAAAACAUUGAACCGUGUUUGCAGUCUUAAAAAAUGUUCUAUUAGUUGCAAUUUGCUAAUUUUUUUUCUUCUUUUUAUUGCAAUAAUUGAUUGAAUGUAGUGUGAUAGUCUGCUUCUUAUCUUAACAUUUUUCUAUAUUUUACCCUUAAUAACAGUGUUCAUUAUCUUCUUUAAUCAACUGUAGUUUCAUCAAAAUACGUUUCGAUUGGUUGAAACAAGUUGCGCAUUUAUUGUUGAUCAUUCUAUUUUUGUUACAAUAUUUUGUACAAACCUAAUUAUUUGAGAUAUGAUCAUUUUUCACUUAUUACCCAAAUUUCACGAUGCUGUGAUUAUUAGAAAUUUAUAAAAGACAUUUCUGACUGAUUGCUCGUUAAUGAUUUCUAAUCCUUUUGUGACCUGUUAAAUUGCUGCAUUAGUGAGCAAAUGUGUCUUUUUAUAUUAGUGUGAUGUCCUAAUCAUGAUUUCUGCUUGUAUGAGUGCCUUAUAUAUAAAAAAAACAUGUUUUAAAACAGUGAUUUAUACUUCGCACUUUGAAAUGAAUUUUUGUAUAUGAGAUAUUAGUAAUUGUGCGAUUCUAUCGAAGUUUAGCCUGUUGUUUGAAUGUUGUAACUUCUCAAAUGUAUGAUGCAUAUAUUUUUUUCUGUUACUAUUGUUCUGAUUUGAUUAAAAAAUGUUAUAAAUGUUG